AGCAAAAGCUCAAGUGACCCCCCUCUCCGUAAAGAUGGCCGUCAAGUUCCUGAACCAGGGCGCCAAGAUCCAGGAGUUCACCGUGGGCGGCCGCAACCUCGUGCUGGGCUUCCCCACGCCGGAGCUCUACAUCCAGCACUGCGGCCCGCACUUCGGCGAGACCGUGGGCCGCAUCGCCAACCGCGUGUCGGGCGCCAAGGUGGAGCUCAACGGCAAGUCCUACGACCUCAUCGCCAACGACGGCGUCAACUCGCUGCACGGCGGCAACACGUGGGGGCUCAAGGACUUCGAGGGCCCCUUCGAGGUCAAGAACCACGAGGGCAAGGACGCCGUGCAGUACAAGCUCGUGAGCCCCGACGGAGACUCGGGAUUCCCCGGCACGGUCGAGUUCACGGUCACGUACACGCAGACGACGAGCACGACGGAGAACGGCAAGGAGCUCGUGGAGCUGGAGGCCGAGUACGAGGCGCAGCUGGUCGGCCCCGAGGACGUCAAGGAGACGGCCAUCAACAUCACGAACCACAGCUACUUCAACCUGUCCGACCGCGAGACCAUCGACGGCACGGAGGUGACGCUCGCCUCGGACCAGUACCUCGUGCCGGACGAGGGCAACAUCCCCACGGGCGCCAUCGAGAGCUUCCCGGGCAUCAAGGCGCACGAGAAGUUCACGCUCGGCGUCAAGGAGCCCAACGUGGACCACUGCUUCCUCAUGAACCACGACUCCAAGAGCAUCCCGCUCGACACGCGCAGCCUGCCGCUGCAGCUGCUGGUCACGGCCGAGCACCCGGACACCAAGAUCCACCUCGAGGUGCUCAGCACGGAGCCCGCCUUCCAGUUCUACACGGGCUUCUGGAACGACGCCCCCGCCGUGGCCGGCCAGCCCGCUCGCGGAUCGCGCUCGGGCUUCGCCGUCGAGCCUGGCCGCUUCGUCAACGCCAUCAACACGCCCGAGUGGCGCAACCAGAUGCUGCUGCCCAAGGGCGAGAAGUUCGGCAGCCGCAUCGUCUACCGCGCCUGGGCGGCCUAAGCGUCGAGUUUGAUCGACGCUUGACCAAGGACUUUCGUGCCGGGUGGCGAUGGAUAUGAGCAGCGGGCACAACUACAAUCUGAGUAGAGCCCUUGGUGUACGGAUAUGCGUGAGUAAAUACAAAUUUUGUGAUUC